GCUGACCCGCGCAGCGGCUGAGGGAGCGCGGACUGUUAAUCUGGACCCGGACCGCUGGGACCCGGCAGGACGCCGGAGAAGCAGAAGGUGACCAGAGGACAAGGGAAGAGUAGCUGUUGGACAACUAAGAGUUUUAUCCAAGGCAUUCCCCGACCAGGGAUCGAACCCGUGUCCCCUACAGUGGAAGCACGGAGUCUGAAGCACUUGGACCUCCAGGGAAGUACCACCAAAUUUUUUAAAUGAGCAAAGAAUUGGAAUACACAUUUCUCCAAAGAAAAUACGCAAAUGACAAAUAAGCACAUAAAGAUGUUCAACAUCAUUGGGGAAAUGCAAAUUAAAAUCACGACAUACCACUUCAAACCCACUAGAAUGAAUUUAAUCCAAAAGAUGGCGAAGAUGUGGAAAAAAUGGAACUUUGAUAUAUUGGUGGAACUGUAAGAUGAUGCAGCUGCUUUGAAAAAGAGUUGGCAGUUCCUCAAAAAGGACUCAGCACGUCUCCACGAGAAGAAGCCAGAGGAGGACUAAUAAUUUGCCCUUCUAAGCCAUGCCCCAUAGUUUGGUGUCAUUCAAGGAUGUGGCCAUAGACUUCUCACAGGAAGAGUGGGAGUGCCUGGACUUGGAACAGAAGCAUUUGUACAGAGACGUGAUGUUGGAGAACUACAGCAACCUGGUCUCACUGGGAUUUUCCAUUUCUAAGCCAGAUGUGCUCUCCUUAUUGGAGCAAGGGAAGGACCCUUGGAAGGUUGUAUGGGAUGUGACAAGAGGUCUGAGCCCAGACUGGGAAUCCAGAUGUGAAACAAAGAAGCUAUCAUCAAAAAGAGAAAUUUAUGAACUAGAAGCAUCUCAAUGGGAGAUAGUAGAACAACUUACAAGCCGUAAGUGUGAGUGCAAAAGUUUUCAAGAUGAUAAGGAAUGCAGAGACCAGUUUGAAAGCCAUUUAAAAAAUAAAGAGGGACUUUUUAGGCAACUAGUAGUCUAUGAAGAAAUGCCUAAUUUUAGUCAAACCACAUCCCUUACGUUACAACAGAGAAUUCAUUCUACUGAGAAAUUCUGUGAAUGUAAAGCGUGCAGAAAAUAUUUUAUCCUUGGCUUUCAGCAGACUGAACAUCAGAAAAAUCAUUCUGAUGAAAAAUUCUAUGAAUGUAAAGAAUGUGGAAAGGCCUUUAUUUGGGACUCACAACUUAAUUACCAUCAGAGAGUUCAUGUUGCUAAGAAACCCUAUGAAUGUAAGGAAUGUAGAAAAGCUUUUAUCUGUGCCUCACAACUUAUUUAUCAUCAAAGAAUUCAUACUGGAGAGAAACCUUAUGAAUGUAAAGAGUGUGGGAAGGCCUUUAUUCGUAGCUCUCAUCUUACUCAGCAUCAAAGAAUUCAUACUGGUGAAAGACCCUAUGAAUGUAAUGCAUGUGGGAAGGCCUUUUUUCGUGGCUCACAACUAACUUACCAUCAGAGAGUUCAUACUGCAGAGAAACCCUAUCAAUGUAAGGAAUGUGGAAAGGCCUUUAUUCGUGGCUCUCAACUUACUGAACAUCAGAGAAUUCAUACUGGUGAGAAACCCUUUGAAUGUAAGAAAUGUGGGAAAGCCUUUAGUUAUGGUUCACAGCUUACUCUACAUUAUAGACUCCAUACUGGUGAAAAGCCUUAUAAAUGUAAAGACUGUGAGAUGUCCUUUAUUCGUGGCUCACAACUUACUGAACAUCAGAGGAUCCAUACAGGUAAGAAACCACACGAAUGUAAGCAGUGUGGAAAGGCCUUUAACUAUGGCUCACAGCUUAUUCGACAUCAGAGGAUUCAUACUGGUGAGAAACCAUAUGAAUGUCAAGAAUGUGGUAAAUCAUUUAUUCGUGGCUCACAACUUACUGAACAUCAAAAAAUUCACACUGGUGAAAAACCCUUUGAAUGUAAGGAAUGUGGGAAAGCCUUUAUUCGUGGCUCUCAUCUUACUCAGCAUCAAAGAAUUCAUACUGGUGAAAAACCCUAUGAAUGUAAAGAAUGUGGAAAGGCCUUUAUUUAUGGCUCACAACUGUCUGAACAUCAGAAAAUUCAUACAGGUGAGAAUCCCUAUGAAUGUAAGCAGUGUGGGAAGAUCUUCAUUUGUGCCUCACAACUUAAUCUACAUCACAUUUUUCAUACUGGUAAGAAACCAUAUGAAUGUAAGGAAUGUGGUAAGACUUUUAUUCGUAGCUCACAGCUAACUUACCAUCAGAGAGUUCAUACUGGUGAGAAGCCCUAUGAAUGUAAUGAAUGUGGGAAGGCCUUUAUUCGUGGUUCACAUCUGACUCAGCAUCAGAGAAUUCAUACUGGUGAGAAACCAUACAAAUGUAACGAAUGUGGAAAGGCCUUUAAUCGUGGAUCACAACUUACUCAACAUCAGAGAAUUCAUUCUGGCGAGAAGCCUUAUAAAUGUAAUGCAUGUGGUAAGGACUUUAGACGUCAUUCACACCUUACUCAACAUCAGAAACUUCAUAAUGGAGAAAAACUGUAUGAAAAAAUUAAUUUAGUAAAUCCUUUACCUGUUUGCCCAUGACAUUCAGCUUUGGGAUAUCAAAAAAUUCAGAUUAUGAAUGUGAGAAUCCUUUUUUACGUAAACUCAUAAAUAACUCACCUUCAGAGAAUUCACAUUUAAGAAAGGCUAGACUACUAUAAGUGCAGAAUUACUUUCCAUCAUAUUUCAAUCCUAGUUAGACAUUAAUGAAUUCAUAUGAGAGCUCAACCCUAAAAUGUAGGGUUCUCUUGUACAGUAUCACCUGAGCUCCACUGUUUACUAUGUGGGUGUCCCUUUGCAAAAGUUACUUAACCCCUGUUUGUUUUAGUUUCCAUUAAUAUCAUAUAUUUCAUCAUAGUGUUCUGCAAUUUAAGAAGUAAAUACAUAUACCGUAAAGCCUUAAUGUGUACUACAUAGUUAAUGCUUAAUAAAUGUUAGCUAUUAUUGUAAACAUUACUUUUAUUUAGUGUUUUAAUCAUAUACUAUUACAGAAUUCAAAUGAGAAGGAAAUUUUACAAAUACAGUACAUACAGAAAAUCAUCACUCUUACUAAGCAUCAGGUAAAUCAUUUUGGAACAAAACAUUCUAAUAUUAUUAAUGUGAGGUUAUACCUUGUUCUGAAUCAAAAUUCUUACUAAAAGUAAACCCUAAGGGGAAAAAAGUGUUUUGCCCUUACAAAUAAAGCUGCUUGUGAACAUUUUUGUAUAAAUUUUUGCGUGAACAUAAACUUCCAUUUCUCUGGUCUAAAUGUUUAAGAGAGUAGUUUCUGGGUUAUAUGGUAAAUGAAUGUUUCUCUUAUAAGAAAUGAACAAAUCAUUUUCCAAAGUGGCUUUUCCAUCUUACAUUCACACCAGGAACAUGAGUGACCCAGUUUCUCUGUAUCUCUACCAGCAUUUGUUUUUUUCACCACUUUUUAUCUUAGCCAUUCUGAUAGGUUUGUAAUGAUAUCUCUUUGUGGUUAUAAUUUCCAUUUCCCUAGGGGCUAAUGAUGGUGUGUUUAUUUGCCAUCCCUGUAUCCAUUGUGGUGAAAUGACUGUGUCUUUUACUCCUUCAUUUUUGAAUUGUAUCUUUUAACUGUUGGAUUGUGAGAGAGUGCUUUCUUUAUUCUAGACAAUACUAGUCCUUUGUUUGAUAUGUAGUUUGCAAAAAUUUUCCCCAGUGCGUAGCUUUUCAUCCUUUUAGCAGGGUCUUUUGAAAAGCAAAACUUUUUAAUUUUGAUAAGGUCUAGCUUAUUACUUUUUCCUUUUAUGGAUCUAGCUUUUGGUGUCAAAUCUAAGGACUCCUUUUCUAGCUCCACAUCCCAAAGAUAUUCUCCUACAUUUUUGCCUGAAGUUUUCAUGGUUUUAUGUUUUGCAUUUAAGUCUGUGAUCCAUUUUGAGUUAAUAUUUGCAUACAUUAUAAACUUUAGCUUCAUGUUAUCUCUUUGUGUUGCCUUAUGGGUGUCCAGUUGUUCUAGUACCAUUUGUUGAAAAGGCUACCUUCAAUAAAUUGAUUUUGUGCCUUUAUAUUUGUGUAUGUCUAUUUCUGGAUUUUCUGUUCUCUUCUGUUGACCUAUGUGCCUAUCCUUCUGCCAAGACCACCCUUGGUUACUGUCACUCUAUAGGAUGUCUUACUAUUGGGUAGAGUGAUUCCUCCCACUUUACCUUUUUAA